UUUGACCCAACUUUAUUUUUGUCCACAAGAUGUCCUCAGUCAGUGUUGUAUAAAACAGACCUCAGCAUGCGGUCAUUACUAAUAAUCAGUGACUCUGACACUGAUGGAGGUGAACGCUUCUUCACAGCUGCUGGCUGCUUCGGGACAAUUACAGACAGUGUCAUGACUUUGUUAAAGUGCAGGUGUGUGUUAUCACAGUGUGCAAAAACAAAUACAAAAACUGACUCUUUAUGAACAUUGUGCUACAAAGAGGAAAUAUCUCAACACUUUAAUGUGUCCUUAAAAAAAAGAAGGCCAAGGGUACAGUCCUGUGAUGGGCUCCCAGACGUCCCUGCAGCACCCCCGCAUCUCUAAAGCCCAUAAGUGAAGAAAUGCGCAUCAUAAAACAUUGUAUCUUUGGUUCAGUUUUGUCAUGGCAACCUCAGAUUAACUCUGUCCAUUCCUCAUGCCUGGCUGCCACUAACCUCAUCAUCAUCAUCAUCAUCAUCAUCAUCUUCAUUAUUUAUAGAGGACGUUUCAAAACCAAGUUACAAAUUCAAAUGAUUAAAUUAUUAUAGAUGUUUAUGAUAAAACAGUAUGUAAGAUAAAAGAAAUACAAUAACAUUUGCUUUUAAUUUUCACAAAUAUGACUUUAAAAAUAUGACUUUUAUCACAGAGGUAAUGCAGCGAUGAUACAAUAUCAGUACAGGUGGAUACUACUGAGGAUCAUUGCUGUGGCUUGGUGAUAGAGCGGGUCGUCCACCAAAGAUCGGCGGUUCGAUUCCGGCGUCCGCCGCCCUCAUGUCAAAGUGCUUCUUGCUUGUGUGUGUGAUUGAUUAGUUAUUUUCUUUAAACUGAUGAGCAGAUAGCACCUGUGUUAUGCCGCGUGAAGCGCUAGAAAGGCGAGAUAGCCAUCAUUUAGAGUACUGUAAAUCACAUUAUUCCCCCUUUUGUGGAAACCACCCAGGCUGGGUACUACUUCAGGUUUUACGAGAAUUUCAGGGUUUAAUGCUCAAAAUUCGACAGAAAUACAGGAAAUGACCUAACUUUAAAAAUCCAACUUGGCAGUGCCUCUUUUCCUUUCAUUUCGCAGCAGAAAGGUGCUUUGAGAGGAGAAAUGUAUGACAGCAGUGUGAUUUACCGCAACCACACACAAAUACACAAACAAACACAAAUAUCUGCUGGACGAUAAUCCUGAUACUGACGCGCUCCAGGAGUUGCACUCUUCUUCUCAGUGGAUCGAAAUAAACUCGACAAAGAAAUAUGAGAUACAGUUAAUAUACGGGCAGCUAACGUUAUCUCUAUACAGGUCCAUCAUUGGUACAGUGACUGUACAGCGUUGUUGCACAGUACAAGUCAAAUUCACUUUUGUUUUAGAAAUAUUACAUUUAAUAUGUUUUACAUUCACUCCACAUCAACUUAAACCUUAAACAGAUCCGUUGUAUUUAUUGAUUGAUUGAUAUUCAUUCAUGCUUCUAUUACUGCUGUGAUUCUGAUUCUGUCUCUCCAUCCCCAUCAUCAGAAGAUGUUUUAUUUCAUUUUUUUUUUUUUAUUAUUCUACUAUACAAUUAUUAUUCUAAUUAAAAAUUCUACAAAAAAUCUUGGGCAGGAUCCUGACACGAAACUCCUGAGAUCACACACACUAAAAUGAAUUUCCAUCUCCUCUUUAGUCGGAUGGAUAAAGUUUAAUUAGUGGACCAAUUUUGGUCCAUGUUCAAAUAAAUCCUUAUUUGGGUGAAAUGAGCGACACAUAUCCGUAUAAUAACAUCACAAACAGUAUUACUGCCAGAGGGCUGGAGAUGGGGAAUCCUGUCCUGGAACUCAUGUUCCAGAUUAGUUUAAUUAUGCAUAGAGCGAAGAGAGGAUGACGCUUUCUAAAUUCCAUUACCAUGAUGAAGCACGGCAUUCCCACGAACUCUCUUAAAUACGCGUUUUCACUGGGUGAUGGCUAUGAUUUGAAGGGGCGUUAGAGUCUACUAAUAAAUAGAGCUGAGGAGGCCGUGAGAGCUCCAUCCUCCUGACGGAUUGCUGCAGCCUGCACCAGCAGACGGUUACUAUGAUGCUGUUGUCGCUCUUCCCGGUAGUGCUGCUGUCACUGCGCGCCACUCUGGUUGGUGGCGUCGCCGAGCCGCACCCGACCUUCACGGACAGGGACCCGAACACCGGCAGGACAGUGGUCUGCGACCGGUGUCCCCCCGGGACCUACCUGCGCGCACGCUGCACGGAUACGCAAAAGAGCGAGUGCGCGCCGUGUCCUGCGGGCUCCUUCACGGAGCUGUGGAACUACAUCGGCAAGUGCCUGCGCUGCGGGGUGUGCAGCCAGAACCAGGUGGUGAAGACGGCAUGCAGCGCGGACAGCGACUGCCAGUGCGAGUGCAAACAGGGAUAUUACUACGAGAAGAAGUACGACAUGUGCCUCCGCCACAGCGAGUGUCAGUCCGGACAAGGGGUGCUGACUAAAGGUACAGCCGAUGAGGACACAGUGUGCCAGAUGUGUCCCAAAGGCACCUACUCCGACACUGUCUCUGCUCACCAGAACUGCACGGAGCACAAACACUGCAACGCUUCAGGGCUGGAGCUGGUGCUGAAGGGCUCCACCUGGCACGACAGCGUGUGCGCAAGCUGCGAAGGGCUCAGAUCAAGAGACGGAGCCGACUACCUCAAAGAAAUCCUCCCAGCUUUCUUUGUUCACCAGAAAAUGCCCAUCACGCGGCUGCGUCGGGUCGUGCAAAGGCUCCCAUCUGAAGGUGACAGAAAACAGAAAGAAACUUCAGGACUUAACCUCUCAGAUCUUCACGUAAGGAUCAACACUUGGGUCGCUUCUGCCACGGCAAAGCAGAUUCGGCAGCUUCCAAAGAUACUGCCAAGAGCAAACAGUGCUGGUGAGAGACUACAGAGGAAGCUGCAGAGAAUCGACUCUCAUCUGAAUGAGCUGUGUUUUGGGGGGAACGAGGUGAAUGUAGUUUAAAUGCCAGAGUAGAAAAAAAGUUCCAAAAUUGCUGCACUAUUCGAAAUGCACUGUUAUUACAGGAAUUAGUACUUUUUGCAUUAGUUAAAUGAGAAUAAGAGUUAAUUUACUUUCAUCUAGCUAAUCUAUCUAAUUAUCAUUUCCUCCUUUUUCAGUGCAUUUCUGAUUCUGAUCUGAUUGUGUCACCUAACAUGAAAUGGCCAGCUGUCCUGUGUAACCAAAUUAAAAAAAAAAAAAAAAAAAAAAAAAAAA